AUGUCUAAUAAUACGAUCCAUAUCCCUUACUUUUUCGAUAACAAUAAAAACAUAACGGCUCUCAAUAGAUCUUCAAUUGAAAGCCAGUCCGAACCGCAAGAAGUCAACAUUCCCUUAUUCCAACCAACAACUUCAGACGUUCAAUCUCAAACAUUCUUCCCGCAAAAUAAUUUGAAUAAUGUGCAACACACGACAGCUGUUAAUAAUUUAUCAUUGAUUGACCCGCAUGUUUUAGAGGCUUUGCCUCACAGCCAAGCAUCAGAAUACCACAAGAAUAUUGCAGCUGUUCAUGCACAAUAUCUUUCACAUUUAUCAGUUCCCAAUUCUGGUUACAUGUUUGGUGAAGAUUUCACGCGGCAGGCUAUGGAAAAGGUUAAGGAAGAUGAAUUACUUCGUGAAGCAGUCCAAAGAUACGGGCCACAUAAAUGGUCAUUAAUUGCAACCCAUGUUCCAAAUAGAACUCCCAUGCAAUGUUCCGCGCGUUGGGUCGGCGCUUUAAAUCCAUCGGUCCUUAAAGGUCGUUGGACCUCGGUGGAAGAUGCAGCACUCACAGAGACUGUAUCUCGUUAUCUUAAUGCAGUGGACUCUCAAGGAAAUCCUCAGCCAAUACCGUGGAAUAAAGUUUCUAAGCAGAUUCCACAAAGAACCGGUGCUCAAUGCCAAGCACGUUGGACUGAAGCAUUAGAUCCCCGUAUUAAAAAAGGAAAAUGGUCGCCUAGCGAAGAUAGCAUAUUAAAAGAAGGUGUAAAGAUUUAUGGUCGCUGUUGGAUCCGGAUUGCUGAGAUGAUUCAAGGUCGAACGCAG